AUGUCCACUGGCAACAUAGAAUUUUCUUCUGGACCCUCCCCUCAAUACUCACAUGAUUUUACAAUACCAUCUCUUCAUGCCAAUGAACAAUCUUUGGGUAGACUCAGACUACAAGCUCCUGGGCCCCUAUUGUCGUCACUACCUCAAGCUUCACUGGAUUUAUUUGACAAUCUGCACUCAUUUGCAGGCUCUACUCUGAAUUCUGGAUUCUCUUGUGGCGCAUAUAUGCACCAGCCCACACCAAAUUUUAUUGUGGCACAGCAGGCUCAUGCCCUACAAGAACAACUCACUAUAUAUCAAGCACAGCUCACAGAGACUCAACUCAAGUUAAGCAAGACCAUAACCAAGUGUGACACUAUCAAGGUGUCUUUUACCAAACUGAUUAGUGUGCUGCAACUCCCAGAUUGUACUGACCUGCUGAACUUCAGUCUCACAAAUGACUUGCUAAUGGAACAUGAUGGAGUCUGUCCUUUGCAAGACUCUCACCUGAAAAUCUGUUUCUGGAGUCAAGCAGAUUAUGACAAAUACAUUGAGAACACUGAGUCUAGGACUGGAACUUGGGGUAAAGCCCCAUGGCUAGAGCUCAAGGAUGGUAAAUCUGUCAUGGUCGAGCAACUCAAAUCAAUUUGUAAGGCACUGCGCACAGCCUGGGCUGAAUUGGUUGUUCAGAAAUUAGCUCCACCCACCUGGUCAAGGAUCUGUGCUACCAGAAAGAAGCUCAUAUUCAACAUCAUGGUGAAACAGUUCCUGCUAUUCCUAUUCGACCACUGUGGCUGGAAACUCAAGCUGCUUUGCAUUACCAAUUACCCAUCCUGGCAUAAGAACAACCUUGGGAACAACAGAAACUGGAAGGACCUACCAGGCAAGCUCUCAGUCAAGGAAGAGCAUAUCAACGACUUGGAUGAACUUGAUGUGGAGAUAUUGGAAUCAAAACACAAUGGCCCCCAGGCUAAAGGAAACAACAAGUGGCACCUGUCUGACAAUAGUGAAAGCCUAGUCCACCAAGACCAUUUGAAGAAACCUAAAUUGCAAUUAGUUGACUCAGCACCAUCUCCGCUGCUUCGCAUCAAACUGAAAGAUCAAGACUCUGAGCCUGGAACUAGCGCCAACAAUGGAACAUCUCAUGACAUACAACGUGCCAACAAAGAGAAUGUGAUUAUAUUGCAGGAUCCACUGUAA